AAGAGGAGCCGUGGGGCGAGUGGUCCCCGUGGGGGCCCUGCAGCGUCUCCUGCGGCGGGGGGGAGCAGCUCCGCCGGCGGGAUUGCCCCCCCCCGGGGGGGUGCCCAGGGCUGGCCCUGCAGAGCAAGACCUGCAACACCCACGUGUGUCGGGAGGCGGGCUGCCCGCCGGGGCGGCUGUACCGCGAGUGCCAGCAGGGCGAGGGCUGCCCCUACAGCUGCGCCCACCUCGCCGGCCGCAUCGCCUGCUUCCCCGGGGGGUGCCAGGAGGGCUGCCACUGCCCCGCCGGCACCCUGCUGCACCGCGGACAGUGCCUGCAGGAGUGCCCCUGCGUGCUGACGGCCGAGGUCCUGCGGGAGCUCCAGAACAGCUCCGCAGACCCCCAGGAGCCCCCCACCCUCCUGGGCACCCAGGGGCCGCCCCUCACGCUGGACCAGGAGGUGCCUUCUGGCAGCGCCCUCCACUCCUCCUGCACCACCUGCACCUGCCUCCACGGCCGGCUGAACUGCUCGCAGCCCCUGUGCCCGCGGGACGGGGGCUUCGCGCCCUGGGGCCCCUGGAGCAGCUGCUCACGGAGCUGCGGGGGUCUGGGGGUGAGGACCCGUCAGAGGGGCUGCACCAGCCCCUCGCCCGCCCAGGGGGGCCGGGACUGCGCCGGGCCCCGCUCCGACAGCAAGUACUGCCAGAGCCCCGAGUGCCCGGCCGUGGCUGUCCCCACGAAGGAGCCCAGCCCCAGUGUCCCAGGUGCUGAGGAAGAGGAGGGCUUCGGCCCCUGGUCCCCCUGGAGCCCCUGCUCCAAAACCUGCACCCGCCCCGAGCGCCCGGCCACCAAGACCCGCGAGCGCUUCUGCACCGGGGCCACCAACUGCAGCGGGGAGAGCUUCCAGGAGCAGCCCUGCAACCUGCCCCACUGCUCAGACGCCCCACCAUGCCAGGGCGAGGACUGUGCUGGCCUCAACUGCUCGUGGACGCCGUGGGGUCCGUGGGCCGAGUGCUCCCGCAGCUGCGGCGUGGGGCUGCAGCAGCGCCUGCGCGCAUACAGCCCCCCCGGCACGGGGGGCCGCUGGUGCCCGGGCAUCCUCAGCGCCUACGUGCAGCGCCGCUUCUGCAACCUCCAGGCCUGCAAAGUGGACGGCGCCUGGUCGGCGUGGAGCCCCUGGUCCCACUGUGACCGGACGUGCGGGGGGGGCCGCGCCGUGCGCUCCCGCUCCUGCCCCCCGUCCCCCCCCCAAGAACGGGGGGCAGCGCUGCCCCGGAGAGCGGCACCACCUGCGCCUCUGCAACCCCCAGCCCUGCGGGGCCGGCUGCCCCCCCGGCAUGGCCCUGGUGCCUUGCGCCAACCGCUGCCCGCGGCGCUGCGAGGACCUGCAGGAGGGCAUCGCCUGCGGGGACCAGGAGCACUGCGAGCCCGGCUGCCGCUGCCCCAACGGCACCCUGGAGCAGGACGGGGGCUGCGUGCCCCCCGCGCACUGCGAGUGCACCGACGCCCAGGGCCACGGCUGGGUGCCGGGCAGCACCCACCACCACGGCUGCAACAACUGCACGUGCCGGGACGGCCGCCUGCGCUGCACCGACCGCCCCUGCCCGCCGCCGCGCUGCCCCUGGAGCCGCUGGUCCCGCUGGUCCCCGUGCAGCGUCACCUGCGGGGACGGCCAGCAGACGCGCUUCAGGACCCCCACGUCAGGCUCGUGGGACGAGGAGUGCCAGGGGGAGCACGUGGAGAGCCGGGGCUGCGCCGAGGGGCCCUGCCCGCCCCUGUGCCCCCAGGAGGGCUGGGAGAGGCGCCUGGGGGACACGUGGCGGCAGGGCGAGUGCCAGCAGUGCACCUGCACCCCGGAGGGCACGGUCUGCGAGGACGCCUCCUGUGCCGGGCCCGAGCAGUGCACGUGGGGCGCGUGGAGCCCCUGUUCCCAGACCUGUGGCACCGGCCUGGUCACCCGGGAGGGCUCCUGCCCCUGCCCGACCCCCGGGACCCCCGGUGUCCCCUGCAAUGACAGCGCUGGGGCUGGAGCCAGCCCACGCCGGGAGCUGGAGGCUUGCUACCUGCAGCCCUGCCCAGAUGAGUGCUCCUGGAGCCCCUGGAGCCCCUGGAGCCCCUGCUCCUGCAGCUCCCCGCUGCAGCACCGGCACCGGCACCGGCACGGCCCCGGCACCUGCGU